AUGAACUUAACAAUUUUGAUUUGCGAAGAAAUCGCGUAUAAUAAAGGGAGAAUUUCAAUCAAUCACUUGUGGGAAUUUGCUAGCACCUUAGUUCCGAUUGGAGAUGAGAGUAUAAAAAAUUUUGUUUUUGCUUGUUUAACAUCUACUGACGACAUUAUCAUCUAUAGAAAUGGUCAAGAAAUAUCAAAAGAGCGAUUUGAUCAUGUCCCUGAUUCUGAAAAUGAGUUAUCGAUUGGUAUUACAGAAGAUAAAUUAUGGCUAAUGCUUACUGGCUAUAACAAAAAAGAAUGUACCAUUGGUAAUGCAGCUUUUGAAAUAUUAUUAGAAAUUGCAAAGGCAAAAGAAGCAGGUAUUAACACUAAGGAUGUCGCAAGAGAAACUGGCCAAGAUCCAAGAAGUAUAACUGGCCGUGUGAAAAAAUUAGGCAACUUAAUCAAUAGUGUUCAAAUGAUAUAUAAGGGCCAUGUUGUGAAACUUUUAAAACUAAAGAAAUUUUCUAUCUCACAAAACGAUGCCAAGUCUUAUAUUAGUAUAAAAGAAUCAUUACCAAAAAUAAUUGAAGUGGUUAAAAAUUCCAAAAAUGGUAUUCGUCAAAUUGUUGAUCUUAAACGUGAAUUAAAAUUUGAUCAAGAUCCUAGAACUUCGAAAUCCUUCCUAUCCACAUUGGCUUGGCUAGAUGAAAAAAAUUAUCUUAAAAAAGUAUUUGUUGUUUCUCCAACAAAUCCAUCAGUAAAGAUCCGUUGUGUUAAGUUCUUAAAAGAUUAUGUUCCAAAUGAAAAAUUAAAUGAAAAUUUUGAUAUUGAUUCAGAUACAUCUGAUGAAGAAUCUGGGAAUGGGGAUCAAACUGGAAUGGAGGAUGAUGAGAUAUUUGAUGAACUUGAUUCGUCUAAUGCAAAUAACUUAUUACAGGGUCAAGAAUUGGUAAUGGAGGAAAAUCCUAAUGUAGGAAAGGAUCAACCAUUAUUGAAUAGAUUUUUUCCAAUACAAAACCAAACUUAUGCACUUGCAUCUCAAUCAGGUACAUCAGGAGUAUCUACAAUGGAGGCUGUUAGUAAAAUUACAGGAAAAGAUUAUAAAAGAGGGUUUUCGAAGGCAAGCGAAUAUUACAUUUCAAAUAUUGGUAAACAAAAACAGAAAAAUAAAUCAAUGAGUAAAAUUGUAAGAGUGUAUGAUUUUGAAGGGAAAAAAAAUUUUAUAGAAUCUUUACAAGAGAAAUGUUUAAAUCAACUUGCUGGGUCUGAAACAAUAGAACCAGAAGAUUUUCCACCCAUGAAAUAUCAAAUGAAAACGUUAUCUAAUUUGAAUAAGGCGAAUUUCACUCCCUUAAGUAAUACUUUAAGAUUUACUACUCAAAAUGGUAAAGACAUAUUUUUUUGGCAUGGUGAAUUGAAUAUUAAACCAAAGUUAUAUGCUCCAAUGAGAGGUCGUAAAAGAAAGCAAACUACUGAUAUACAGCCACAUGACUCAGUAAAAGAUACAUCUACAGAGUCAUGUAUGCCAAAAAAAAUCGAUCUUGAUAAAAAUUCAAUUAAAAAACAAAAAAUUUCAGAUGAGAUGCUGGUUCAAGAUCUUAAGAACGAAGUAGAAACACUUAACAAAACUAUCAAUGGGGUAGAUGAUACUAAAUCAACUAAAACACAGAAACCUUUGAAUGUCGGUGGAUUUACUGGUGGAUCUCUGAGAUCGCUUUGGAGCCAAAGAGCUAUAGCUGAUGUUAUUAGAAAUACUGGAGGUGUGACAUACCUUCGUGAACAAUUUUAUGAAGCCAUUUCUAAAGAAUUAGGCUCUAAAACUACUUUAGAUAAAAAGACUGUAAGAGGUGAUGUUGAUUUAAUGGUUAAAAAUGGCAAAUUAGUGCUGAAAAUUGAGCCUGUUUCAGGUCGCCGUAUUGUUUAUUUACCAGAUAUUGAACCAGAUGUUAUUUCAGACUAUGUUUUGAAAGAGAAGGAUAAUAAAAAAGUUUAUUCAAAUGAUAUCCUUCAUAAUACUGAUAUUUACUUCUUUGAUCAAACUGAAAAAGAUAGAUUCCAUAGAGGUAUGAAAUCUGUUGAAAGAAUAAGGAAAUUUCAGAGUAAAUCUCGUACAAAAACGAAUAAAAAUAAGAAUGCACCUUCUAAUACUGAAGCAGAAACUUCUGCUGUUAGAAGAACAACCAGAAGUAAGGCUAAACGCUCUCAAAAUACAACAGAUAAUCCUACAACAUUAGCGACCGAAAAGAAAAAGAAGAAGAAAGAGAAAUCAAAAAACAAAGAUACAAAUACUACGUUCCAUCUAGGUAAUAAACGUGGUAUAAGAAUUCUAAUAAUGGCAGUCGUUAUUACGAAAAGUAUUAAGAAUGAAAUUAUAUGGGAUAAAAUAACAAGAUUAUUUCCAAAUAACUCAUUAGAAAACUUAAAAAAGCAAUGGACUAUUAGAAGGGUCCGUAUGGGCCAUUCUGGUUGGAAGGCAUACGUUGACAAAUGGAGGAAGAUUUUAGUUACUGCUGUAAAGAAAGGACGUGCUUCGUUAGACGAUGCGGAAUCUUUGGAUUUACCUAAAUUAGUUAACCUAUGGCUCCAUUAUAACCACUCUCAACAGAAUAAGCCAAUAAUUUUAUAUAAUGACUACGAAGAAAAUAGAAAAAGGUACACACUAGUAAGAACAUCUAAAGAUCAUGAUAUUAAACUAGGUCUAGCAAUGUCUUCCAUGGUCCAAAGAGAAACUUCGUUGUUAAAGAAGUCUUACAUGUGUAAUAAAGAUGUUUAUGUUGAAGAACCAGAUGAAAAAUUACUUCUUGAAGAUAAUGCCAAGAGUGUAAUUAGAUCGAUUCUCUAUGAAAACCCAAUCACUCCAAGAGAAAAAGUUGAUGCACUAAAUGAAUUUUCUAAGGAAUCCUUAGAUAAAGUGAUCUUAGACUUGGCCAAGGAGAAACAAAUAUACCUAAGAGGCUCCAAGUUAGAAUCUACAAGUAUAUUUAAAGAUCUACUGGAAAGUAAAGGUAACAUUAAGCCAUUCCAAGAUGUGGAAAAAAUCAGAAGCAAAUUAUACGAAAUGAUGCAAGCUGAAAAUGGUGUAUUAAUAUCUAAUGAGUUUAGUGAUAUUCUAUCUUGGAUAUUAAUAGACAUAAUAGCUAGAAGGAAUGUACAUAUGGAUGCUAUCCCAAUUCCAAGAAAGAUUCCCUUAUUCAAUUAUACAACUAGGAAAUUUGAUGUUAAGCAACUAACUCCUGCAAUCAUCGUUUCUGCUAAACAUUUAGGUUCCAAUAUUUGGAAUAUUAAAAACAUUACAAUCCCAAGUGGACAACCUUAUUCUAGAAUAUGGAUUGAUGGUACAGGAUCAAUACGAUCAUCUGUUUGGAAUCACGUUUGCUCUUUACUUAUAAACGUAAUAUUAUUUAAUCCAGGUAUCAAUAUUAAAACACUUCAUACUAGAUGCCACAGAUUAUUAUCCAAUAGAGAAAUUGAAGAUAUUGUAAAAUGGCUAGUUGACAAAUAUCUGCUGAUACCAAUCGACUGUGGUGGAUACAAAGCUAGUAAUCAAUGGUAUACUCUAUUAGCUUAA